AUGAGCGCAGAACUCCAACAAGUUCACAAGGUGUGGGAGCGCACCCGCUCAAACAGUCCGAUAUAUGAAUUCCUCCUGAGCGAGGUCGACAUCUACGAGGCUGAGCCGGGGGUGGUUCGGGCACGACUCCAAGUGACUGCCCGUCAACUCAACUCGAAAGGCACUCUUCACGGGUCCUUCUCGGCCACUGUGGCGGACUGGGCCGGUGGCCUGGCCAUUGCUUCCUGCGGAUUGGACGUGACCGGAGUCAGCACGGAUAUCCACGUCAACUACCUCUCCACGGCCACGACGGGGGACUGGCUGGAGAUCGAGAGCCGUGCCAACAAGGUCGGCAAGUCGCUUGCCUUCACCACGUUCACUAUUUCUAAAAAGACCGAUUUGGGAUUGACUAUUGUCGCCCAGGGCUCGCACACCAAGUACGUUCGGACACGAUGA